UUUUCCUCACCCCACGUGACACCAACGACCUUGUCCAUUUAUAACCGCACCCAGCAACUAUUAGCGGGAAACUUCAAAUUCUAAACCAACUUCAAAAAUAAAUAAAUUAAUCUCUGAUUCAAAUUCAAAGUUCCAAAGCCUUGCUCUUCCUUCCCUUGCACUCUUCAUUUUUUCUGAAUCUUCCAUUGCACUCUUCUUCCUUCCCAAAUUUUCACACAACUAUUUUUUUAUCUAUAUAAAUUCCUUCAGCCCAUGUAUCCUACGUAUUCGACGAAAGUCCCUACUGACCCAUCAAACAAAUUGCAAAAUCCUUUUUCAUCCUCAAAGUUCCUCUUUGCGGUUACAAGAUGUAUGUUGUCAAAAGAGACGGGCGCCAAGAGCCGGUACGCUUCGACAAAAUCAUGGCCCGGCUAAAAAGGCUGAGUUACGGGCUCAGCGUUGAGCAUUGCGACCCGGUUCUUGUCGCGCAGAAGGUCUGUGCUGGACUCUUCAAGGGUAUCACCACCACCCAAGUUGAUGAGUUGGCUAUGGAGACUGCGGCCGCCAUGACCACGAACCACCCGGAUUAUGCUUUGUUGGCUGCAAGAAUCGCAGUUUCGAAUCUGCAUAAGAAUACAAAGAAGUCAUUUUCAGAGACGGUAAAAGUCAUGUACAAUUAUACUGAUAAGAGGUCUGGGCAGAAGGCUUCUCUUGUUGCUGAUGAUGUCCAUGAAAUAAUCAUGAAGAAUGCUGCACGUCUGGACAGUGAGAUGAUAUAUCACAGAGAUUUUGAUUAUGAUUAUUUUGGCUUCAAAACCCUUGAGAGGUCGUAUCUUUUAAAGGUCGAUGGGAAGGUUUUGGAAAGGCCACAGCACAUGUUAAUGAGGGUUGCUGUUGGUAUCCACAAAGAUGACAUUGACUCUGUUCUGAAGACAUACCAUUUGAUGUCUCAGCGCUGGUUCACUCAUGCCACCCCUACCCUUUUUAGUGCAGGAACUCCACAGCCACAAAUGAGUAGCUGCUUUCUUGUGUGCAUGAAAGAUGAUAGCAUUGAGGGAAUAUUUGAUACCUUGAAGGAGUGUGCUGUUAUCAGCAAAUCAGCUGGAGGAAUUGGUCUCUCUGUUCAUAAUAUCCGUGCAGCAGGUAGCUACAUUCGUGGGACAAAUGGGACUUCCAAUGGCAUUGUUCCUUUGCUUCGAGUGUUUAAUGACACUGCUCGUUAUGUUGAUCAAGGGGGAGGCAAGAGAAAGGGGGCUGUCACUAUAUAUUUGGAGCCAUGGCAUGCUGAUGUCCUUGAGUUUCUAGAUCUUAGAAAAAAUCAUGGAAAGGAAGAGCAUCGGGCUCGAGAUCUUUUUUAUGCUCUUUGGAUACCUGAUCUUUUUAUGGAAAGAGUCCGUAGUGAUGGGCAUUGGUCUUUGUUUUGCCCAAAUGAGGCUCCAGGUUUGGCUGAUUAUUGGGGAGAAGAAUUUGAAAAGUUGUACACCCUAUAUGAAAAGGAGGGAAGGGCAAAGAAGGUCAUAUCUGCUAGGAAACUCUGGUUUGAAAUUUUACAUUCCCAGAUCGAAACUGGAACUCCUUUUAUGCUUUUCAAGGAUUCUUGUAAUAGGAAAAGUAACCAACAGAAUCUGGGCACCAUCAAAUCCUCAAAUCUCUGCACUGAGAUUAUUGAGUUCUCAAGUCCGACUGAAACUGCAGUUUGCAAUUUAGCAUCCAUUGCUUUACCACGAUAUGUAAAGGAAAAGGGGGCUCCUGUUGAGUCACACUCAUCUAAGCUGGUUGGUAGUAGAGAUUCGAAGAACCGAUAUUUUGAUUUUGACAAACUUGCAGAGGUUACUAGAGUAGUUACUGCAAAUCUCAACAAAAUAAUCGAUAUAAAUUACUACCCCGUUGAAACAGCAAAAAGGUCAAAUUUACAAAACAGGCCAAUUGGCAUUGGGGUUCAGGGUCUUGCUGAUACCUUCAUCCUACUUGGCAUGGCAUUUGAUUCACAAGAGGCCCUGCAGUUGAACAAAGACAUAUUUGAAACCAUAUACUACCAUGCACUGAAAGCUUCUUCUGAGUUGGCUUCAAAAUAUGGCCCUUAUGAGACGUACCAUGGGAGUCCUCUGAGCAAGGGAAUUCUUCAGGUGGACAUGUGGGGUGUAACACCGUCAGAUCGAUGGGAUUGGGCUGCUAUUAGGGAAAUGAUCUCAAAAAAUGGAGUAAGAAAUUCCCUUCUUGUAGCACCUAUGCCCACUGCUACAACCAGCCAAAUUCUCGGUAACAAUGAGUGUUUUGAGCCUUAUACCUCCAAUGUAUAUGCUCGCAGAGUUUUAAGUGGUGAAUUUAUUGUAGUGAACAAACACCUCCUUCAUGAUCUAACAGAAAUGGGUCUUUGGUCUCAUGCUCUUAAGAACAAGAUAAUAUAUGAGAAUGGCUCGGUUUUGAAGAUUCCUGAGAUUCCUGAGGAACUGAAAGCUAUUUACAAGACUGUGUGGGAAAUUAAGCAAAAGACAUUGGUUAACAUGGCUGUUGAUCGUGGAUGCUACAUUGAUCAGAGUCAGAGUCUGAAUAUUUACAUGGACCAACCAGAUACUGGGAAGCUAACUUCCCUGCAUUUUUAUGCUUGGUCUAAGGGUCUAAAAACGGGAAUGUAUUAUCUGAGAACACGUGCAGCAGCUGAUGCUAUCAAAUUCACUGUUGAUACCUCUGCCCUCAACAAUGAGAAUGCUAAAAGGGUGGACGAUGAUAGUAAGGCUGAGAUUGCUCAGGUAGUGUGUUCAUUGCAGAAUCGAGAAGAGUGCAUGGCUUGUGGGAGUUAAAGUUGUCUUGUAACAAAUAUUUGAAUAAUGUUCUUUCUGAUGAGAAGUGGGGGCAAUGCUUUUUGGCAAUGAUCUUGGCACAAAGUAUAAAUGAAGAAGUUUUUUAAUGGGGCAAGAGUGGAGUGUAGUUAGAAGUUUUUGCUGCCUUUUUUGAACUGUUAACUGGCUCCUGUGAAUUUGCAGUUAUCUCUCUCUUUGUAGCACAGAAGUCUUUUCUAGUAGGGUUUAGAAUUUGAGAACUGCAAGAACUAUGAAUGUAUAUGGAAGGCAUUUGCCAAAAGGUGCAUAUGAAAGACAUGUUCCAUAUUUCUGAUAGUUGCCAAGAGACCACGAUUGAUUUCUCUUUCU